AUGCAUGCCACGAACUCUUGCUCGCGAUUCGCAUCGUGGCAGACCCCUACAAAAACAACCAAGGGUCCAGUAACAACUCGGACAGUUCCCUCACUCAUCAAGAUAUGGGUCAGCUUCAAUGAUGAGCAGUCAGAAGUGUGGCAGACACUCAAUAGUUAUCCAUCCUUUUUGACUGAAAAACUUUUUCCACCAAAACACCAGCUUGAUUAUGUUCGCCAGUGCAUUGCGCCAAUCACUUCGGAAUGGGAUCUUCGAUACUACGAACGAGGCACAGUGGAGAAUCAAGUCCAGGAUAUAGUUGACAAGAUCACAAAAGACAAGGCCCUUAGAGAUGCAUUUGGGCUACGAGGCCCGAUCACUUUUGAGAGCCAUACAAACCUGGGCCAUCCAGCGGGGAACCUGCCAAGUGGAGGCCAACAAACCCCCAGCGGUCCUGUGUCAAGAAACCUAAAAAGAAACACAAAACCCAGAAGAGCCACUGGGGCAAAAAAGCUCUCUCACACCAGCGCCAUGCUGGUAGUAGAGGGGAUGAACCAACCCAAACCCCCAACAAAUCAGGAGUCUGAUGACGUUGAAUUCUGCUGCAGAAGACUUGUUGCUGCAGUCAUAACUCAAUCCUUUUCUUACAUGGUGCACAAAGGCGUACGUUACGGCUAUGUGUGCACUGGAGAAGCUUUCAUCUUUGUACACAUCCCAGAUGAUCCAUCUUCACUUCAAUGCGCGCUUUGCAUCCCAAGUUUGAAUGUCAAGGCAACUGAUGGCAGUGAAAUCCGGUUGACUGCUGUUGCUCAGGUUCUGGCAUUUACAUUAAUUGCCUUGAAAUGUCCCCGAGUUACGCAGCAAUGGCAUGAUGCUGCCAAAAGGCUUGAUGUUUGGCCAGUGGAAUAUUCUGAAAUUCUGGAGCAGACUCCACCGGCUGCUCGCCUAAAAAAAGCCUCGCCCUUGUAUCAUGGUCAACGACCUCGUGACCUUUCGCCGCUCAAGAUUUCAUUACGAUCAGGGAAAGGAGGAUGCCGACCCUCUGAAUUUGACCGCCAAUCAACAAAUUCUCCCUCAUCAUCACCUCCUUCAUCUCCUUCUUUUGCUUCACGCCCUGCCCUAGCUAAAGGGGGAGGCUCUAUCCAGCCUGGAGAGCCGAAAGGGGCUCAAGGACAUGGAAAACCCAGUGAUACACACCAGGCUUCCCAUGUUGCCAAACCACCAGCGAUAAAAACUCGCCCCUACUGCUCUCAGAAAUGCCUACUUGCACUUGGAGAUGGUGGCCCAUUCGAUCCAUCAUGCCCCAACUACCAGGAUCAUCAAAAGGGCCAGAUAAAUGUACAAGAAUUCUGCUCUCAUAUGCAGACACAGCUUGCCACAGGUCGUGGGCCAGAUGCGGACUGUUGUCCAUUCUACAAGGCAAGAAGUUGUGGGGCAUUGUUCAAACUGAGGCUAUCAUCACAUGGAUACACUCUAGUCGCCAAGGUUGUGGAAUACGAGAAUCGGCAUAAGCUUGAACACGAAAUGUUGGUCUACAAUAGGCUUCAAGAUCUCCAAGGCGAACAUGUUCCAGUCUGUCUGGGUGUUGUUCAGCUGGAGUCAGAGUAUCCCUAUUACUAUGAUGGAGGAAUCUACACCCACAUGUUAUUCUUAAGUUGGGCGGGAGAACCAGUCCAGGAAAGCACGAACUCCAACCACGCCGAAGAUAUUUUAUCCCUGGUGUCCCAUGCCCUCCAAUCCAUUCACUCCAAAGGUGUACUCCACAGUGAUGCUGAAUUACGAAAUAUACUGUGGAAUUCAACUUGCAAACGCCCAAUGAUAGUUGACUUCGAACGAGCAACAAUACGCCACACACUGUCAGAUGUGCCCGGUAACACAACAAGAAAGCGGAGAAGGGUGGAUGAGACAGGAUUUAGAAAGGAGAUUGAAUGCAUCGAAACUGCGUUUGGGAGAUGCGUUGCAUAG